UCAGAUCCCAUUGAGCCACACCGCUAUCGGCUAUCAGAUCCGAAACCAAGCACUAUCAGAUCUAGAUCGAGCAAGAUCGUGAACGACUAUCAAAUCCCAGAACAAAGCUUCAAGAUGUUGCAGUUGAAAGAUCGAACCAAAAUACUACCUUCAAACGAACAAAAGCAUAAUUUUAUGUUGCGUCGACACCCUUUAGCUGUUCUCCUUUCUUCGCCUCGAAACUCCCCCGGUGCAAGUUGUAGCCAUGUUGCAGGCGUCCGGAACGAGAAAGAGAAGGCAGGAGCGGCCGACCGGUGGAGUAGAGGUGGCGAUAUAAGGCGGCGCUGUGCUGAAAACUGCCAAUUUGGUGUUGAUGCCGGUGGAAGAAUGGUGGCGGAGCUGGUAUAUGUUGGGCUCCGUUGUUGUGUGAACAUUGUGUACUGUGAUGAGAGAAAGGAAAAAUGGAAAAUGGUGAAGGGAACAGGAAAAACUGCAGUUUUGAUGCUUAAUAAGAGAAGGCUCUUUUUCUUUGACAUAGAGAUGGAUUUAUCAUAUGGAUCUGGAGAAGAAGAAAUAUACAACUCCAGAAAGGGCAAGAAACAAUACCAUCGUCAUUCAACGCAGCAGAUUCAGCAGCUUGAAGCUUUCUAUAAAGAAUGCCCACACCCAGAUAAGAACCAAAGGCAGCAAUUGAGCAGGGAACUGGGCCUCGACCAGAAGCAGAUAAAGUUCUGGUUUCAGAAUAAAAGGACUCAGAUAAAGGCUCAGAAUGAGCGUGCGGACAACAACGCCCUCCGGAGUGAAAACGAAAGAAUUCAUUUUGAGAAUAUUGCUAUGCAAGAGGCGCUGGAGAACGUCAUUUGUCCUGCAUGUAAUGGCUCGUUUCCUGGGGAAGAAGAGAGACGUAACAACUUACUGAGGCUGAGGAUGGAAAAUUCGCGAUUGAAGGAAGAGCAUGAACGAGCAAUAGGUUUCUUCGCUAACUACAUGGGAUAUCCAUCUAUGCCAUUGCCCAGUACAGAGCCCCUUGCCAAUAUUAUGCAGAUAAACCAAUUUCCGGGGGAAGGUGUGGGACCCACCAGCGUCGAGCACGUGCCACGGCCUGCGGAGAAUCACAUAACCCCACAUUGGUUGAGCGGGAUAACUGACGUGGACAGAUCCAAUAUUAUUGAAACCGCCGUUGGCUCCAUAAAUGAACUCAUGGAACUCAUGCACGUGAAUGAGCCGAUAUGGCUCCGGACCCCGGCAAAUGGCAGAUACACGAUGCAUCGUGAGAGUUACGAUAAGCUCUAUCCCCAUUCCAAUCACAUCAAGACUGCAAGCGCACGAUUUGAGUCGUCCAAGGAUUCGGGCGAGGUGGAAAUGCCUGCGCUUAAAUUAGUGGAGAUUCUUCUUGACGUGAAUAAAUGGAAGGACAUGUUUCCUACUAUUAUUUCGAAAGCGAAAAUCAUUGAUGUACUUGAUAUGGGGAUCUUGGGAGGCUUGUUACAUCUGAUGUAUGAGAAAGAGCACGUUUUGUCACCUCUUGUGGCUCCUCGGGAGUUCUUCUUUGUUCGGUAUUGCAGACAGCUCAAUCAGACCAAAUGGUUGAUGGUAGAUGUGUCUUAUGAUUUUCUCAGAGGGUUUCAAGAUGGUGCUCCUACCCACUCUUGGAAGCUUCCUUCUGGGUGCAUGAUUGAAGACAUGUCAAAUGGGAAAUCAACUAUGGGUGAAAAUUUCUAUUUUCUGCUAUCUUCCCCUCUGCCGUAUGCAUGUUUGGAACUCGUCAUUAUAAUGGAACAGGUUACAUGGAUUGAACAUGUUCAAGUGGAUGACAAAUCAUUGACUCAUCGUCUAUAUAGAGAUCUGGUGCGCAGUUGCCAAGCAUAUGGAGCCAAACGGUGGAUCACUACUCUCCAAAGGAUGUGCGAGAGAUUUGCAUUCUCAAGGGGGGAAAUUCCUGCACCUAGAAAUGAACUUGAAGGGGUUAUCACUUCAUACGACGGACGGCGAAAUGUCAUGAAGCUCUCUCACAGAAUGGUGAAGAACUUUUGCGAGGCACUAAGCAUGUCAGAUAAUCUCGAUUUUCCUCACCUGUCAGAUUUCGAAAAUAGUGGAGUCCGAAUCUCGUUCCGCAAAAGUGAUGAACCAGGCCAAGUAGAUGGCUUUGUUGUUAGUGCGGCUACCUCUAUUUGGCUUCCCCUUUUGAAAGAAGAUCUCUUUGAUUUUCUGAGAGAUGAGAAAAAUAGAUACCAGUGGGAUGUGUUAUCCAGUGGAAAUCCUGCAAAUGCAGUUGCACGCAUCACAACUGGAGCAAUUCCUGGGAAUUGUAUCUCAAUCAUCCAGCCAUUUGUCCCCAAAGAGACCAAGAUGUUGAUGCUGCAAGAGAGUAGCCUCGACUCCCUUGGAGCACAACUUAUCUAUGCCCCAAUGGAUUUACCAACCAUCAUAUCAGUUGUUAACGGUGAAAACAACACGAAGAUACCAAUUCUCCCAUCAGGCUAUAUAAUCUCUGGUGAUGGCCGACCGAACAAAGCAAAUGCAGCUUCAAGCAGUUCAAACGCCAAUAACUCCUCUAACGGUUCACUCUUGACUGUAGCAUUCCAAAUACUGGUGUGCCGUGGACCAUUAACAAAGGAGCUCAACAUGGAGUCAGUGGCCACUGUUCAUGCUCUAAUUAGCUCCACAAUUGAGAAGAUCAAAACGGGGCUUAAUAUUUCGGAUUAGGGUUUGUUAAACCAUUGAAAUUGUUAUCAGGUAUUGUUGUUUUAUGUUUCUGUUGGUACUGAGUGAUGGAUUUUUCUUAGAUAUUUUGUGUGAUGGGUUUGUGAAAGUAUUUUGUGACUUGCAUUGUGGGUUUGGUUUUGUUAGGUGUGAGACUUGGUUUUUUUUAUCUUUUCUUGUAUUUGUGUUUUUUGCUUUUCAUGGUAUACAUACAUAACUUUGUUAGUACUGUAUAUUUGUUGAACUGCAUUAGCUUCUCAUUUACUAAUUCAGA